UCAACUUUUAAUAUAAAUGCGAAAUGUGCCUUUCGUGUGCGCGCUCACUCGGCGCUCACUCAUUUUCUUUCACUCUCUUUUCUAAACGUCUCUCUUCACUACCAAACCACUUGCCUUCUUUUCAUUUGCCACACAUCUCUACUCAAGCCAUGUCUCAACGUCCCAACUUCCAAGGCGGCCGGCGCGGUGGUCGCGGCGGAGGGGGACGCGGUGGAGGAGGAGGACGCGGCGGAAGAGGAAGAGGUGGAGGUGGUGGUGAGCAACGGUGGUGGGAUCCUGUGUGGCGUGCUGAGCGUUUGAGACAGAAUGCUGCUGAGAUGGAAGUUCUUGACGAGAAUGAAUGGUGGGGUAAGAUGGAGAAAAUGAAGAAUUCAGGGGAGCAGGAGAUGAUAUUCAAGCGUAAUUACAGUCGCACUGACCAGCAAACCCUCUCUGAUAUGGCUUAUCGACUGAAUCUUUACUUUCAUGCAUACAAUAAAGGGAAGGCUCUUGUGGUUAGCAAAAUUCCAUUACCAGAUUAUCGGGCUGAUCUUGAUGAGCGCCAUGGAUCCACGCAGAAAGAGAUCCACAUGUCUACUGAGACUGAGAGGAGAGUUGGAAAUCUUCUGAAUAGCACACAAAGAGCAGUACCUGAAAAUGAUUCAGGUGCAUCAUCUAAUCAGGGGGAGAAACAACCAUUAGCUGGUCCAAGGAUAAUUAAACCUGUCUCUACCACUGAGAAAGAUUCCGCUAAGGAAAAACUUAGUGUUGAAAUAAAACAACGUCAGGAUAAAAUAAUGGCAAGUGAUACUGCAAAAGAAAUGUUGUCUUUUAGGGAAAAGCUCCCUGCAUUUAAAGUGAAAUACGAGUUUCUGAAAGCUGUUGAAGAAAAUCAGGUGCUAGUAAUUUCAGGAGAGACAGGUUGUGGUAAAACUACACAGCUGCCUCAGUAUAUAUUAGAAGAGGAGAUAUCGCGCCUUCGAGGUGCUGAUUGCAACAUAAUGUGCACACAACCCCGCCGAAUUUCCGCCAUCUCUGUUGCUGCCCGAAUAUCUUCUGAAAGGGGUGAGAAUCUUGGUGAAACUGUUGGUUAUCAGAUCCGCCUGGAGGCAAAGCGCUCUGCUCAAACUCGACUCUUGUUUUGCACCACUGGCGUUUUACUUCGGCAGUUGGUUCAAGAUCCUAAUUUAAGUGGUGUGAGCCAUUUGUUAGUGGAUGAAAUCCAUGAAAGAGGCAUGAAUGAGGACUUUCUAUUAAUUAUUUUGCACGACCUUCUUCCUCGGCGUCCAGAUUUACGUCUUAUUCUAAUGAGUGCGACAAUAAAUGCUGAUUUGUUCUCAAAAUACUUUGGAAAUGCCCCAACUCUUCAUAUACCGGGAUUGACUUUCCCUGUAACAGAGUUAUUCCUAGAAGACAUAUUGGAAAAAUCUCACUAUAGAAUCCAAUCAGAGCCUGACAACUUCAGGGGGAAUUCACGAAGGGGGAGGAAAAAGGAGCAAGAUUUGAAGAAAGAUCCUUUAACUGAAUUAUAUGAGGAUGUUAAUAUUGACUCUGAAUACAAGAACUACAGCUCAUCUACUCGGCUUUCUCUUGAAGCUUGGUCGGGUUCACAGCUUGACUUGGGUCUGGUGGAGGCAACAAUUGAAUACAUUUGUCGCCAUGAAGGGGGUGGUGCUAUUCUUGUGUUUCUUACUGGCUGGGAUGAGAUUUCAAAGCUACUUGACAAAAUUAAAGGAAACAAUCUUCUAGGAAACCAGAGCAAGUUUCUGGUCCUUCCCCUUCAUGGUUCAAUGCCUACUGUUAACCAACGUGAAAUAUUUGACCGCCCUCCCCCUAAUAGGCGAAAAAUUGUUCUGGCAACAAAUAUUGCAGAGAGCAGCAUCACUAUAGAUGAUGUUGUGUAUGUUGUAGACUGUGGAAAAGCAAAGGAAACCAGUUAUGAUGCUCUAAACAAACUGGCCUGUCUAUUACCAUCUUGGAUUUCAAAGGCUUCAGCACAUCAGAGACGAGGUCGUGCUGGCCGUGUGCAAGCUGGAGUUUGUUAUAGAUUGUAUCCAAAAAUUAUCCAUGAUGCAAUGCCUCAGUAUCAGUUACCUGAAAUACUGCGAACACCUCUACAACAGCUAUGCCUGCACAUCAAAAGUUUGCAACUUGGAGCUGUAGGACCGUUUUUGGCGAAGGCACUUCAACCACCAGAUGCUCUUUCUGUUCAAAAUGCUAUUGAACUCCUUAAAACCAUUGGAGCUGUAGAUGAUAAUGAAGAGCUUACUCCUCUUGGUCGCCACCUUUGUACCCUACCUCUGGACCCAAACAUUGGAAAGAUGCUUCUGAUGGGGUGUGUCUUCCAAUGCCUCAAUCCUGCUUUAACAAUUGCUGCUGCUCUUGCACAUCGCAACCCAUUUGUUCUUCCAAUAGAAAUGAAAAAUGAAGCUGAUGCUGCAAAGAGAUCAUUCGCCGGUGAUUCUUGCAGUGACCACAUUGCACUUGUUAAAGCUUUUGAGGGAUACAAGGACGCAAAACGUAAUCGAAAUGAGCGAUCAUUUUGUUGGGAUAAUUACUUAUCCCCAAUAACUUUGAGGAUGAUGGAGGAUAUGAGAGAGCAAUUUUUGGACCUUCUGUCAGAUAUUGGAUUUGUUGACAAAUCCAGGGGUGCUAUUGCUUACAAUCAAUACAGCCACGACUUGGAGAUGGUAUCAGCAAUCCUUUGUGCGGGACUUUACCCAAAUGUUGUGCAGUGCAAAAGAAGAGGGAAACGAACAGCAUUCUACACUAAAGAAGUUGGGAAAGUCGAUAUGCAUCCCGGAUCUGUAAAUGCAGGGGUUCAUAUCUUCCCCUUGCCAUAUAUGGUUUAUAGCGAAAAGGUGAAAACAACCGGCAUUUAUAUCCGAGACUCUACUAAUAUAUCAGAUUAUGCACUACUACUAUUUGGUGGUAAUCUCAUCCCUAGCAAAAAUGGGGAAGGUAUUGAGAUGCUCGGAGAUUACCUUCAUUUUUCCGCAUCAAAGAGUGUUAUAGAAUUGAUACGGAAAUUGCGAGCUGAACUGGACAAGCUUCUGAAGAGGAAGAUUGUGGAACCGAGUUUGGACAUAUCUUUGGAGGGAAAGGGAGUUGUUUCUGCUGUGGUGGAGUUAUUGCACAGUUAUGAUGUACGUAGCUAAGUUCUUAUGUUUCAGAACUACCAUUUUUGAUGAAUGUCCUGUUAUUUUCUUUUUAAAAUGUACUUGCGUACAUCGACUUCAGUUAUAAGGAGAUGAAAAAAAUGAUGAUAGUUUUAGAGAUUAUCGAGGCGAGUAUUUAUUCA